ACCAUCAUGUCUUCAAAGAUGCAGAGUUCCAAUAACAUAGCCCAUGCCAGGAGGACAGUCCAGCAGCUGAGAAUAGAGGCCAGCAUUGAGAGGAUUAAGGUGUCCAAGGCCUCAGCAGACCUGAUGCACUAUUGUGGAGAACAUGCUAAAUACGACCCUCUACUCAUGGGCAUCCCAGCCUCUGAAAACCCCUUCAAAGACAAGAAGCCGUGCACUAUAUUAUAGUAGCGGGACAGCUGAAAUUUCUUUGCUUUUUUAUUUGUAUAUUAUUUUAUAGAGAGAAAUAUGACAUUAAUACCGGUACACUAUUUGCCUUAAGGCCAGCCCAGCCCCACUCCCCCUAUUUCCUUGUGCUUUCGGUUGAUUCCCAAAUGUUAUCCUAGGGCCCAUAGGGCUCUGGUAAAAAAAUGGUGCACUAUAUAGGGAAUAGGGUGCCAUUUUUGGACUCUUAUAAACAAGUGCCAUUUUGGUAGGAUCAGAAUCAUUGGUGUGCUCUCUCUUCAUCAGAUACAACUAAGACCAAAUAGCACCAUGAGCCAAAAUGUAACAGGUCAUUGGUAACCCAGAAACAAUGUUUUAGUUUAGUUCAAUCAGUCAUGAAAGAAUGAAAGCUCAUUCUGAGGCUCCUCUCAACAGAGACUGGUGUUCUUUUAGAUUGUUAUCUCAUGUUAUGCAGACUAAAUACUAGCUUGGUUUAAACUAGGUGUUCCCAACUCUGUAAUGUUCACAUCAGCCAGAGCAUAAAUAAUGCCAAUGGCCCAAAAGUAUAAAGCAUUGCACUUGCACCACACUCUAGUUAAACCUUUCAGCUCCUGAUUGCGUCAUCAGUCCCCACACAGUAGCUUCUUUGGGAAACAAUCAGUCUAGUUUGUAUAUUACUGAUAAGCCUGUAAUAACCCCAUGAUGUAAAUCACCCAGUCCCAUGACACAGGAGGACUCUAAAACCAGUGCUGAUGGGCUGGUAAGCUAUGUCUGUGUCCCAAAU